AUGGCUCCUUCCCAUGAAGCAGCUAUAAACGCUCAUCCCGGUGAUGAAUACGAAAAAGAUGAUCGGAACUCUCAAAAUACCCUACAGGAAUCAGACCUAGCACCCGACCCAGAAAAGCAAGCACCAACUCAACCUCCAGCGCAAUCGCCGUGGGGAACGGCCGAUCCCCCGCCUGAUGGGGGGUUUGCGGCGUGGUCGGUGGUGUUGGGGGCGUGGUGUGCGUAUUUUUGUACUUUUGGGUGGAUCAAUAGCAUCGGAACGUUCCAGACAUAUUAUGAGACGACGCUGCUCAGUGGAUACUCGACGAGUACGAUCGCGUGGAUUCCUUCGUUGGAAGUGUUUUUCAUGUUUUUCAUGGGCCCCAUUGUCGGCACUCUGAGCGAUAGACUUGGUGCCCGCGUGGUCAUCAUCGCAGGCUCCUUCCUGCAUGUCUUUGGGCUCAUGAUGACCUCCAUUUCUACGGAGUAUUACCAAGUCCUGCUGUCGCAGGGUGUCUGCAGUGCUAUGGGGCUGUGUGCUAUUUUCCAGCCAUCCAUGAGCUCCAUUCCCAGCUGGUUUAACAAGAAACGCGGCGCGGCGUAUGGAAUCAUCGCUUCUGGGUCAAGUGCCGGUGGUGUGAUCUUCCCUAUCAUGGUGGAUCGGCUCAUCACUCGUGUCGGCUUCGGGUGGGCAAUGCGCAUCGCUGCCUUUUUGAUCCUGGGGUUGCUUGUCGUUACUUGUCUUACUGUGAGGUCGAGAAUCCCGCCAAUGAAGCAGCAGAUGGAUAAGGAGGCCUUUAUGCGGCCGUAUAAGGAGGUGAAGAUGCUGUUUCUUGUUUCCGGGUUCGUCCUGUUGACUUUCGGCGUGUUUAUUCCUAUCAAUUACAUGGAGACGUCGGCCAUUGCAGAUGGGAUGAGUACAAAUUUGGCGCAGUAUUUGGUCCCGAUAUUGAAUGCUGGAAGUCUCUUCGGUCGAAUGGGAGCUGGCGCAUUCUCCGAUAAAGUCGGGCCAUACAACAUCUUUGUCGUGGUCUGUUCACUGACGGGUAUCUUGGUCCUCGCGCUCUGGAUCCCUGCGACUAACAACCCCGGAAAUAUCGUCUUCGCGGUCCUCUUUGGUAUCACUUCUGGCGCGUAUUUCUCUUUGUCCGCUGCCCUGGUGGCAAAGAUUGCCCCGCUCCGGGAAAUGGGCUACUGGACUGGUGUGCUCUUCCUGUUCGCGUCGAUUGGCGCCCUGACGACCAACCCUAUCGCAGGCGCGAUUUUACAGCGCGAUGAUGGGUCGUACACGGGCAUGAAGAUCUAUUCGGGCAUCUUCCUGUUGGCAGGCACCGUGUGUGUCUUGAUGACCCGUAUUCGUCAAACAGGCUUGGUGCUCAAGGCGAAGUUCUGA